AUGAGUCCAUGCAAGAUGUUUCCUUUACAGGGUAUAAACUGUAGUCGAAUAAAAAUGAUCCUAAUCCUCAUGGCCCUUGUUGCUACUAUUACUAUUACUAAUAAUACCAAUACCAAUACUAUCAUCAUCACUGCGGCUGCAGUGCCGACCACAAAGUCCGGCAAAUCCUCAUCCCCUUGUGCAGAUGCCGUCGUGGCCUAUUUGCAGCAGGCCGUCCGUCAUCGGGCCGCCAUCCUCGCGCGGGAAUCAAAGGCCCGGGCGGAGUUGAAUGAACUGCGCAGCAUCGCAGCGGAGGAAAAAGACGGCCAACGCCCGGCGAGGGGCGACACUCGACAGCGACUGAAGGAGGCGUGGACGACAUUUGAAUCCGCCACCGCCGCCACCCGCGUCUUUGAUGAAAAUAUGAUCGUGCGGCACGGGAAUCUCCCACGGAUUUGCAUUCGCGAAAUGGAGGCAAUGCGCACCACAACUCUUGACACCGAUUCCUACAUUGAACAGGUGAAAUACGUGGGGGAAAUCACGUGGCUGCAUAUUCGACUUUUCGCAGAAACACUGCAGGGUGUCGCUCGAUUUGCACUUUCAGAGUAUGAAUCUUUACAGGAUGUCUACACAGAGACGGCAAGUUUUUUUGCCCAUCAUUCCAACUUGGUGUAUGAUGAGAUUCAAUUAUACCGAAAGAAUCGUGGUUUUGAUGAAGACAGUAGUGGACUUGCAGAGGCAUGGCAACUUGGAUUAAUGUAUGCAAAGGUGGCUACAUUUGCAUUUAUCCCGAAAAUGACACUUCUUGCCUGUAUUGUGAUUGUAGUAGCAUUUGCCCCUUUUCUUCUUUCUGCGGUUUUGCUGCCAAAUUUGGUUUGGCGUGUUUGGGUGCAAUUAUUUUUCCUCCACCACACAUAUGGAAUGACGUUGGAUGGAUUUAUUGCUUCCCUGUGGGAGUUUUUGGCUCUCAUUCGCAAUAAAGAGUGGCCUUUAUUACAAACACGCCUGACUACGGCAUUUAUUACAUUACUCACAGAUGGUGGAAGCAAAACAUUCUAUAAUGGCGUCUUGGCUCUUAUGAUAGUGGUAUUGCUGGUGUUGUUUUUGUUUUCAGCUAUGUAUACGUGGAUGCGAAUUCCAUUUUGGCUGCUGGGGCCUGAUGAGAAUGAGAAUAGUAGCACAAUGAUUAUUAAGAUGAAGAAGGGAGUCGCCAAAGCUGCCUUGGAUGCACAGAUUCAUAAUAAUAACAAUAAUAAUAAUAAUAAUAAUAAUAAUAAUAAUAAUAAUAACAGUGGGAAGGCGAAAAACAGCGCAAAUGUUGGUAGUGGACAACGCAGUAAAAAGGUGAGUAACUCGCCACGUGACAGUGGUAGCAACAGCAGCAAUGAUAAGAACAAGCGGCGAAGAUAG